CUCAGAUAAAUCUUAGGAUUUUCUUUUCCUUGUUCACAUCAACGGGACUCGGUGCAGCAGCUCCUCCUUUUAUUUCACUUUCUGAAACAUUUUUAGUCGGGGAAAAGCGUCUUUCUGAGAAGUUUUUUUCUGAAUCACGCUGAAAUUUGUGUUCUAUUUCUCCGGUUAAAGAACUUUUGGAUAAGUUUUUAUUUCCUGAAGGCAGGAAAAGAAACAACCAACAACUAAAAACCCUCAGGAAGAUAAAAAGUUGUUUUUUUUGGCAUAAAGACGCACGACGGAUCUCCAUGGCGCACAUCUGCAGGCAGCUGAUUGGCGUCGGGGGGAGCUGCGCGGGUUGGGUCGGGCUCAUCUUCGCCACGGCGACCAACGACUGGGUCCGGACGUGCGACUACUCGGUGGCCACCUGCCUGCGGAUGGACGAGCUGGGAUCGCGCGGCCUGUGGGCCGAGUGCGUGGUGUCGCCGUCGCUCUACCACUGCGUGACUCUGGACCAGAUGUUCUCGCUGCCCGCGUACGUCCAGGUGUCCCGGGCUCUGAUGAUCGCCGCGUGUCUCCUGGGCGUCCCGGCGCUGCUGCUGGUCCUCCUGUCCAUGCCCUGCAUUCGGUUGCCUAGCAACUCCUCCACCACCGUUAAGAAGCGCCGCACCCAGGUGGGCGGCGUCCUCUUCAUCGUCAUAGCUGUUUUUGGUGGCAUAGCGACCGUCUGGUUCCCCAUCGGAGCCAACAAAGAGGAGCACCUCAUGUCCUUCGGAUACGCUCUGUACGUGGGCUGGGUGGCAGCCGGGCUCUGCCUGCUGGGCGGCGUCGUCAUCCUCUGCUUCCAGGUCGCCCUCAUCACCAGCCCGUCCAGGGAGAACAGCUUCUUCUACUCCAGGCGGGGCGGAACCGCCCGGGAGGUCGACCGCUCCGCCAACCACGCCAAGACUGAACGGGUGUGA